CUUCCGAGAGCCUCGACGAUGCUCACCACUCGGCCUCUCUCCGGCGGCGGGAGGCCACGCCUGGUCGGAGGUCUUGCUGCGCUGCUAACGACGCUGGUGCUGCUCGCAAACUCGCGGCGGGGCGGGAGUGGCUGGGCUGUCGGUGCAGAGGAGGCAGCGGCCUCCAGCAGCACCGGCGGUGGCAGCACCGGCGGCGGCGGCGGCAGCGAGCAGCUGGACGCCGAGUGCAAUCACUGCAGGUGGACUGCGGAGUGGGCCUGCCCGGGCGGCGAUAUUCCGGGCACAAAGGGCUGGGCCGAGCCGGACGAGUCGGUCUGCUUCAACCACUGCUGCCCCGACUCGUGUGCAGCGUACAGCGUGAUCACCGGGAGCUGCUGGCGGCACAAGGCCCCUCGCGAGGUGCCGUACAACGAGGCUCUCGCGAGGACGGACGGGUACAAGCUCGUCAACGUGGCGCUCGGCACAGACUGCAGGGAGACGUGGCUCCUCUCCAAGUUUGCGACCGCCGUCACGGGCCUCGUCCGGCACGGCAUCGAGUCGCUCAAGCUGCCGAUGAAGGUGACGCGCUUUCUGCCGCCCGGCGCCGACCUGCACGUCAGCUCGAUCACCGGGGCGAUUGUCGUCCUCGACAACGUCACCGUCACCAAGAUCCAGCCAUCCGUGCUCAAGUACGGCUUCUGCUACGACGACCAGGAGUGGCGCGUGGACCAGAACUGGGUGCUGAGGAACACGUUGUACCAGCGGCCGCCCGACCGGAUGAUGGUCGUCUCGAGCGAGAUCCAGGCCACCGUCAAGUUCGACUACGAGCUCUACCAGGACCUGCUGCUCGGCAAAGUGCCUCUCGGGGACGGCUCCGCGCAGACGACCGUCAAGGGCUUCCUCGGGCUCGACCUCGACCUGUCGCGCAUCGCGACGAAGGCGAUCAGCGACUGCGACGGCAAGUUCGGCAUGACCUCCCUCGCCCUCGAAGUCAACUCCGACCUGCUCGGCGAGAACCUCGGCAUUGAGGCGUCGGGCGCGAUGACGAAACACCUCGUCGAGAGCUUCGCGCCGCUCAUCGCCUCGCAGAUGCACGCCAUCAUCUGCCACGGGAACGGGCUUGCCGACGUCAACAUCGUGCUGCACGACCCGCCCGAGGGGGAGGGCGACGUCGACCUCGAGGCGGAGCCGGUUGCAGAGGUGGAGCGCUUCCGCGGCAUCGUCGAGGAGAUCAACGAGCAGCUGGCGAGCAGCUUCGGGAUGCUGGGUGCGGUGCAGCGCUUCGCGGAGACCGACGAGGACCGGCGGCGCAAGAUGAAGCGCGACUGCGAGCGGCUGCGCAAGGCGGGCAAGGAGGUCUGGGGCGACUCGUGCCUCGGCAUGAAGCGCUUCCAGAACGUCGACGCGGCGCCGCCGCCGCCCGCCCCGCCCGCGCAGCCGAGCUGGUCCGACAUCUUCGUGAAGGACGUCGUCAGCUUUGGCUGGGCGCCGCAGGUGCCGACGAUGGGCUAGCGAGGCGCUUGUUCGCACCGCCGCCUCCGGCGUGCGCCCAAUUUAGGAAUCUAGUCGAUGUGUGCAUGCGUGCUGCGGCAGCGUGGUCCAUCAGACACACACACAUGCUCCAUGCAACGUCAGCAGCACCACAGUCGCAGUGGAGCGGCGAGUGAGGCCGCGGCCCGUCCGGCGCCAAGACGCGCACACAUGACACAUCACCGGCGCAACACCAGCACCACAGCAUGCAUUUCCCAUGUCCAGUUCGCACAGAGUUGUGCCUAUGAGCUUCACACUACGUUACACACACUCUCUCUCUCUGUGAUCUCUGCGCGCGCGGGUGUGUCUGUCUCUCCCCCGGUCUCGGUCCGUCGCACCGUGACAAAUACGUAUGUGCAAAAC